GUCUUCAUCUUCUAAAAAGGUUUCUCUCAUUCACGGGACCGAUUUGGUCAAAAGCCAUUUAAUACUCCUUGAUCUAGUAGUAGACUCCGCCGCCGAUUCUAUGGCAUCUCACCACCACCACGGCUGCGUACGCCACCAGAACCACCACAAUAACAUCCCUCUAUUCGCCACAUCAUCACACUGCUGCACUCAAAUCAACCACCCUUCUCCGCCGCCGCCGCCGCCGGAGGAUAAUCUUAUUCAUCUCGUCGCUACUUACCUCCAAAAUCAGCAGCAACAAGAAACACAAUGCUCAUGCGAAGCCUCGUGUCAAAACAUCAAUGUCGUUAGAGGUCAGCACCGUGUUUUGCGCCAGCAGAAGAAUGUUCCACGAGAAUACGACCAAGUUGUUCUGUCUUGUCUUCUCCGCAAAAUCGAUGAUCUUGAAUCGUCGCUCAACAAGUUUUCAUCUUGCUAUGACCAACGUCGUCGAGAUCGACACUCUACGCUGAGAGAUUCGGCGGCGCGUGUCAUCCAAACCCAUUUCCGGUCUUACCUUGUUCACAGAUCCAUAUCCUUCAGGCAACUCAAGGAGCUUGCAACGAUCAAAUCUAGCUUCUUGUCUCUCAAGUCUUCUGUUUCAGGGAAACCCAUUUUCCCUUUCAAAGCAGUUUCUCGGAAAGCUACAGACUUGCUUCUUCAACUUGACUCGUAUCAGGGUAGGAUUGAUCCAAUGAUACGAAGUAGUAAGAGAUCAUUGAGCAGAGAUUUGGUGAGGUUUUUGCAGUAUGUUGAUGAUUGUGCUGUUAAAAGGAGUGAUUUUGUUGCUAAGUCUUCAAUAACCGUGAGUAGCCGCAGCAAACUUAAUGGUAAAAAGCCUCAGGGUUUUGGUGUAGCUGAUGACAGAACAAUAGAGAAAUCGAGGAACGGAAUGGGGAAAGUCUUUGUUACUUCUAGUGAAGAUGAAGAUAGCAAUGCAGACAUGACUGAUGAUAGUGAAGAAGUUCCAGUGAGUUGUAUUGAUAAGAGGAAGAUUGGUAGCUCUAACUCUAGAACCGGGGCUGUAAUAAAAGGCAAUGUAGUGAAGCCUUCGGGUAGUACAUUUGUUGUAUUGGACAAGAACAGGAAUGUGUAUCAGGUAUAUGGAAGUACGCAUGAUCUAACCUCGAGUGCCGAGGAUGAUGCAGUUGAUGGUGACGAGGAAACCCUCGUGAUGUCUAGGGAUAGUGGAAGGAGGCAUAGUUUGAAAACUAGGAACGGGGUUUCAGUGAAAGGAAGUGGAGCGAAAACAACCCGGGUGGUGAAAGCUAUGAGCGUUGAUGGAAAUGGGAAUGUAUGUAAGGUUUAUGGAGAUACAAAUGACCUAACUUCAAGUGCAGAGGAUGAUGAUUCAGUUGAUGAUGGAGAGGAAACUCUCGUGAUGUCGAGGGAUGAUGGAAAGAGGCAUAGUUCGAAAACUGGGAACAGGGUUUUGGUGAAAGGAAGUGGAGGAAAAACAAUCCCAGUGGUGAAAACUGUGAGCUUUGAUGAGAAUGGGAACGUGUAUAAGGUGUAUGGAGAUACGCCAGAGUCAAGCGUAAGGGAGGAAGGUGACUCGAUCAGCGGAUCAAACGAUGGAAAUGGAGAAGGGAAAGGGAAUGUGAAUGAGGUUGAGGAAAUCAAAUACGUUCGAAAAGAAAACGAGAGCUUUGAAGAUGAUGAAGAAGAAGAAGAAGAAGAAACUGAUUCUGAAAAUGAAGUCUCUUCUUCAGAGGGCAGUGAAGGAGUUACAAGAAACGUGAACCACCAAGGAAAUAACAAACACGAGAGGGAAAUCCAGGUUCAAAAAGGAAGCUUAAUGUUCUCUCCUCCAUUGCCACUAAAAAUGGAGCCUUGACUAGUGUGGCAUGAAAAGUCCUCCAAAGCGACGACAUCAUUGGUUAUGGUUAUGAGUAGUUUAAUUCCAAAAACCUGCAUUUUGGUAUGUUCUAGAAACUCAAUGAGAUAACCUUUUUAGUUGUAGAAAUUGUAACAUAAACUGCAUUGUGAUUGUUUCCUUGGUUUGCUCAUUCCACUUCCGUCUUUCUGUACUCUCUUUGCCAUUUUCGAGUCGACCCUAUUGUCAUAGACAAAUGUUAUUCUUUGAGUGAUGGUCUCCUCAGUUGCCUGUAGAAACCAGCCAGCUUGAUUAGGUAGAUCAAUUGGAGUGUAAUUUUUUUUUUUCUUUUUCUGUGUUUGUAACUCAAUAAGAAGUUUUUGUUUGUUGCAUUA